AUGUGGUACCCGGGGGCGACGGCGCCGGAUUACUUGGACGGCUCCAUGGCGGGUGACUACGGCUUCGACCCGUUAAGAUUGGGUGCGAACAAAGAGUCUUUGCCGUACUUGCAAGAAGCGGAAUUGAUGAACGGCCGAUGGGCGAUGUACGCGACUAUCGGCGUCUUGGCGACGGAUUCGAACCCGAGCUUGCCGAAAUUUUGGGAAGCGGGCGCGGCGGAUUACGACAUUGACUUUAAGACGUUGGUCGUCACGCAAGUUAUCGUUAUGGGCAUUUUGGAAGCGUUGAGAAUUCGCGGUUUCAUGAAGACUGGCGAGAGUGGAUUGGGGGCGAACUUUCCGUUUGACCCGGCGGGAAUGGACUCUCCGGCGGCGAGAGUGAAGGAGGUCAAGAACGGCCGCUUGGCGAUGGUUGCGUUUUUGGGCAUGGUUUCGCAGUGGGCGGUAACUGGUAUGGGACCGAUCGAAGGUUUCAAGGCGCACUUGGCGGACCCGACGGCCGUGAACAUCUACACGUCUGCCGUUGGUGGUGAGACUGUUGCGUUCAUCGCGUUUUUGUCGUGCGCGCCGGUGUGGUUGAUCGCGCAAAGGCAGUUAACCGAUGGUUCGGAAGAGGAGUUCAAGCCGAUUCCGUGGUAA